UCACACACAACACAGUCAUACACAAACAUGGCGUCAGGGCAGACACGCAAGAUGCUGCCGCUCAGUCGCUGUGCCAUGUAUCUGUUAUUAUUACUCGUUCCUGGCGCGAUCUCCUCCACGCUUCGUCUUCACCAUGACCAGAGAUCCAUGCUGCCACAGGACAGGGGUUUCUCCCGAGUGAGUGCACACCUGGAACAUGCAGAAAGUCGCGUCGUGCGUCUGGAGCGAGAAGUCACGGAGGCUUCAGCCGCGCACCAGCUUCGCGUUCGGCGGAAUGCUGCUGGAUCACCCGUGCCAACGGUUUAUGGAACGGCCAACCUGAACGAUUCUCAUAAUCAGAUGGUCGUCCACUGGGCUGGGGAGAAGAGCAACGUCAUAGUAGCGUUAGCCAGAGACAGCAUUGGUGCUACCGAUCCCAAGACCAGCUCUGUGUACGUGUCCUAUGACUAUGGAACCACCUUCACGGACGUAUCAGAGAAAUUUCAACUGUCUGGGGAUCAGGAGGGCAAGAAACAGGUCAUCUCACAGUUUUACCACAGCCCUGCUGACAACAAACGAUACCUAUUUACUGACACCACGAACGGUUACCUGUGGAACACCUUUGACUUUUGUAAAAGUGUUCAGGGUUUCUCCAUCCUCUUCAAGCCCACAGACUUACUGCUGCACAGUAAGAGGCCUAACCUGGUCCUUGCUUAUGACAGUUCUCACCCCAAUAAACAGCUGUGGAAAUCAGAUGACUUUGGUGAGACGUGGGUGUUGAUUCAGGAGCAUGUGAAGUUCUACUUCUGGGGUGUAGAGCCACACGACAACCCCACCACGUUGUUUGUCCAGCGCCACGAGCCCCAGGGAGACUCCAUCAUCCUCAGCAGCACAGACUUCUUCGAGCAAAACCGUCAAGUUAUCCUAGAGAAGGUGGACAGCUUCCAGUUACGGGACAAGUACAUGUUUGCCACCACAACCAGGACGAUGUUUGGGAGCCGUGAGUCUCAGUCUGUCCAGCUGUGGGUUUCUUACAACCGGCAGCCAAUGAGAGCAGCUCAGUUUAACACCCGCCACCCUAUCACGGAGUACUACAUAGCAGAUGCUUCUGAGGACCAGGUGUUCGUGUGUGUGAACCACAAUAAUAGUGUUACGCACCUGUACAUCUCCGACACACAGGGGCUGUCCUUCUCUCUGUCCCUAGAGAAUGUGUUGUACUUUAGCCCUGAUGGCUCUGGGAGCAACACGCUUAUCAGGUACUUCGCCAACGAGCCGUUUGCAGAUCUCCACCGGGUCGAGGGGCUUAGGGGUGUGUUUGUGGCCACUCUGAUCAAUGGAUCAGUCUCCGAGGACAACAUGCGAUCAGUCAUCACGUUUGAUAAAGGAGGAACCUGGGAACUUCUGCAGCCACCUGAGGCCGACAGCCUGGGAGGAACCAUAGACUGCCAGUUGGACAAUGGCUGUUCCCUGCACUUGGCCCAGCGGUGGAGUCAGCUGCUAAAUAUUCAGCUGCGCAGGAUCCCUAUUCUGUCUAAAGAGUCUGCACCUGGCCUCAUCAUGGCAACAGGAUCUGUGGGAAAGAAUCUGGCCAAUAAACCCAAUGUGUAUGUAUCCAGCAGCGCAGGGGUCAGAUGGAGGGAGGCCCUGACUGGUCCUCAUUUCUACACCUGGGGAGAUCAUGGAGGGAUCCUGAUGGCUAUCGCGCAGGGCGGCUCCACCAGAACACUCAAAUUCAGUACUAAUGAGGGGGAAACCUGGAAGGAGUUCCAGUUCUCCGAGCAGGAGGUAUAUGUGUACCAACUGCUGACUGAACCGGGUGAAAAGAGCACCAUUUUCACGGUCUUCGGCUCUUAUGCAGACCAGAAACACAGCUGGCUCAUUGUGCAGGUCAACGCUAGUGAUGUGCUUGGUGUGCCGUGCUCAGAGGGCGACUAUAAGCAGUGGUCUCCCUCUGACGAGAGAGGAAAUGGCUGUCUGCUCGGCAGAGAGAUGGUGUACAAGCGCCGCUCUCCUCACGCCACCUGCUUCAACGGCGAGGACUUCGACAGACCCGUCACUCUGUCCAACUGCUCCUGCACUCGUCAGGACUAUGAGUGUGACUACGGGUUUAAGCUGAGCGAGGAUCUGUCUCUCGAGGUGUGCGUACCUGAUCCUGAGUUUUCUGGAAACCUGUAUGCCCCACCAGUUCCCUGUCCGGUGGGCACAACUUACCGCCGCAGCAAAGGGUACAGGAAGGUGUCUGGAGACAGCUGCAGCGGGGGAGAUGUUGAAGCUCGGCUGGAUGGAGAAAUGCUGCCCUGUCCUGUGGGAGAGAGUAAUGAGUUUAUCCUGUAUGCGGUGAGGAACUCCAUCCACCGCUUUGAUCUGGCCACAGGUACAGACCAGCCGCUCCCCCUCUCGGGUCUCCAUGAGGCGGUGGCGCUGGACUUUGAUUAUGAGAAGAACUGCCUAUACUGGGCUGAUAUUUCGCUGGACACCAUUCAGAGAUUGUGUUUGAAUGGAAGCUCUGGACAAGAAGUGAUUGUCAAAAAGGACCUACAAAACGUGGAGGCGCUGUCAUUUGACCCCAUCAGCCGGUUGCUGUAUUGGGUGGAUGCCGGUGCUCAAAAAAUCGAGGUGUCCAACUCUGAUGGAGACCUGAGACGCACUCUGGUCAACUCUUCAGUGGUGGAACAGCCUCGAGCCUUGACUCUCAUGCCAGGAGAGAGCCUGAUGUUUUGGACAGACUGGGGUGAUCGCGCGGCGGGCGUCUACCGCAGCUGGAUGGACGGAUCCAACAUCUCCUGCAUCGUGUCCGAGGGAGUUCGCUGGCCCAAUGGCAUAACGGCAGAUGAAUCAUGGCUGUACUGGACGGAGGCAUAUGGAGACCGCAUUGAAAGAGCAGACUUUAAUGGAGGCCACCGCACUGUGGUAAUGGAGGGCCUGCCUCAUCCUUAUGCCAUUGCUGUUUUUAAGAAUGACCUGUACUGGGAUGACUGGUCUAGAAUGGGAAUCUUCAAAGCACCUAAAUCAGGCUCACCAGACAGUGAGAUGAUAGUGGGCAGACUGACAGGAGUGAUGGAUCUCAAGAUCUUCUACAAGGGAAAGAACAAAGGUCAGAAUGCUUGUGUGGAUCAGCCAUGCAGUCUUCUGUGUCUUCCCCAGCCUGGAAACAAGCAUCACUGUGUUUGUCCCGACGGAGUUUCCAGCACCAUCCUGCCCUCAGGAGAGCGUCAGUGUCAGUGUCCCAGUGGAUACCAGCUCCACAAUAAUACAUGCGUUAAGACAGAGCACACCUGCUUGCCGAACCAGCACCGCUGCGCUAAUGGGAAGUGCAUCAGCAGCAUCUGGAAGUGUGACAGUGACAACGACUGCGGCGACAUGAGUGAUGAGCAGGAGUGCCCCUCCACUUCCUGUGACCCUGCGGUUCAGUUCCGCUGUGUGGCCUCAGGUUCCUGCAUCCCACUGGCCUUCAAGUGCGACCAUGAGGAUGACUGUGGCGAUAACAGCGACGAGGAGCAUUGUGAGUCUCACCAGUGUGGACCGGGAGAGUUCACCUGCGCAAGAGGCGUGUGUAUUCGGGACGCAUGGCGCUGUGAUGGGGACAACGACUGCAGGGACUGGUCAGAUGAGGCCAACUGUACUGUGGGUCACCACACAUGUGAGAGCAGUAGUUUCCAGUGCCACACGGGUCACUGCAUUCCUCAGCGCUGGGUGUGUGACGGAGAUGAUGACUGCCAGGACGGCUCAGACGAGGACCCUACCCAGUGUGGGCGUGAAAAGUGCAGCGGGUUCUUGUGCGCUAACGGCACCUGUCUGCCCGCUAGUGCUCACUGCAAUGGUGUGGAGGACUGUCCAGGGGGUGCUGAUGAGCAAAACUGCGGUCCCCUCUGUGCGCACUAUAUGGAGUUUGUGUGCAGAAACCGAGCGCAGUGUCUGUUCCAGUCUCUGGUGUGUGACGGUACACGACACUGUGCUGAUGGCUCUGAUGAGGACGCAACAUACGCUGGCUGCCCAACUAACCCUGAGUUUGAGAAAACAUGUGACAGCUACAACUUCCAGUGUUCCAAUGGAAUGUGUGUGACCCUCGAGUGGAAGUGUGACGGCAUGGACGACUGUGGCGACUACUCGGACGAGGCCAACUGUGCUUCCCCAACCGAGGAGCCAGGCUGCUCGCGUUACUUUCAGUACGAGUGUAAGAACGGCCGCUGUGUGCCUGCCUGGUGGAAGUGUGAUGGGGAAAAUGACUGCGGUGACUGGUCUGAUGAAUCUCAAUGUUCAGGUGGCGGAUCUCCUCACACACCUGCGCCAGGUCCAGCUACCUGUGCCCCUAAUCGUUUCCGCUGUGGUUCUGGCGCGUGUAUUGUGAACACCUGGGUGUGUGACGGCUACGCUGAUUGUCCUGAUGGCAGCGAUGAAGUGGGCUGUCCUACAGUCAAAGGCUCUGUGACUCCAGUGGCAACUCUUCCUCCAUCGGGCCGCUGCACUAAAGAUCAGUUCCUGUGCCUGAAGCCUGCGAGCUGUAUCGCUGAUUGGAAGCGCUGUGACGGACACCCUCACUGCCAGGAUGGAUCUGAUGAGACCAACUGCCCCACUCAUGGUCCGUUGCUCUGUGUGAACGGUACUCUCUGUGCGGAUGGCGAGGCCUGCGUGCUGAACAGUGAGAGGUGUGAUGGCUUCAUAGACUGUUCUGACAAAAGUGACGAGGAUAACUGCACUGUGGAUAUGUUGGUGUACAAGAUUCAAAAUCUACAGUGGAGCGCCAACUUCUCCGGUGCUGUGAUGCUCACUUGGUCAAGACCCAAAAAUAUGCCUACAACAUCCUGCUCUUUUGUCAUCUACUUCAGGCAGGUGGGUGUCCAGCAGUGGACGUCUAUGGACACGAACAGCAAUAAGGGCAGUGCCGUUUUGACCGUGUUGAUGCCGGACACCACCUACCAGGUGAAGGUUCAGACUCAGUGUCUCAGCAAACAGCACAGGACCAAUGAAAUUCUCACACUACGCACACCAGAAGGAUUGCCGGACCCUCCUCAGGGUCUGCAGCUGAGCUGUGACAAUGCUGAGGACGGGACAGUACUGUGUUCCUGGAACCCUCCUGAUAAAACACAUGGACUCGUCAGGGAGUAUAUUGUGGAGUACAGUGAAAAGGACAGCGCUGAGUGGUUUUCCCAGCGUAGCACCAGCACCAGUGCAGAAGUGAAGAACCUGCAGCCCAGCUCGCUCUACAGAUUUAGGGUGGCUGCUGUCACAAGCAGAGGCGUGGGAAACUGGACAGAAAUGAAAUCCAUUGUUCCUCAAAAAGCUCUCUCUCCUCCUAAUGUCGCGAUCUCCAGCAUCACAGAAAACUCAAUGACUUUGUCAAUCACCAAUGAUUAUAAGGUCCAGGUGAAGCACUACAUUGUCGUUAUUUCGUGGGUAUUUGAUGAACAUGUGAAGGAGAGCUGGAAUUACACUGUCUUAGGAACAUUGAAUGCCACUAACCUGACAGCAGGGAUAGUGUAUGAGGUGGCGGUGUGGGCUCACACGGAUGAUGGAGACAGUCCUACUGCUCUGUCCCGCCAGCAGACCAAAGGCAUAAGACCUGCCGAGCCGUCACUAAAGGCCAGAGCGCUCAACCAGACCGCUGUAGACUGCAACUGGACCGGCCCUCAAGCUGAGGUGUAUGGAGUGUUCUACGCCACCUCCUUCCUGGAUCUGUACCGCAGACCUCACAGGGUGAAUACCACCUCCACCAGUCUGACUGUGAUCGUUGACAGCGACGAGCAAUACCUCUUCCUGGUGAGGGUGAUCUCUCCAUACAUGGGUCCUCCAUCAGACUUUGCUGUUGUGAAGAUGAUCCCCAACGAGCGACUUCCACCUCGAAACCUGCACAAAGUGCGAGUGGAUAAGACGCAGGCCACUCUGAAGUGGCAGCCGCCAUUCGAUUCUCCCAGCAGUCCUUUGACGUAUGCAGUGCACGUGAGAGAUACGGUUCGUAAAACGGAGCGGGACUAUAAGGUGAACACUCAGAACAACACGGUGGAGUACACGCUGAAGGGCCUGGAGCCUGGAGGACGCUACAGCAUCACCAUCAGGCUGCUCAACAUGAGCAAAGAGGCCAGCUACACACUCAACACGGUUUCUCUGCCUGCACCUGAGGCCCUCAAAAUCUUAGAAGAACAGGAUCAUGUGUUCCUCUUCUGGAAGAGCCUGGCUGUGAAGGACCGGACCUUCAAUGAAAGCAGGGGCUAUGAGGUGUAUGUGCAUGACAGUGUCACCAACUCCACUAUGUGUCUGGGUAACACAACGGAGACAUUCUUCAGGAUCAACAGCUUGUUGGUGGGCCAUAACUACACGUUCUCAGUGCGGGCGCGCUGCCUGCUCAACAACCAGCUGUGUGGAGAGGCGGCGGUGCUGUUAUAUGACGAACUGGGCAAAGCAGCAGGGCCGAAUGAUGCCAAAUCUCAGUCGGGUAAAUCCGAAGACAUGGCGGCGGUGGUUGUUCCAGUGUUGUUCCUGCUGUUGGUGGGUGUGUGUGGAGGCCUGGUGGUGCUUUAUCUCAGACACCGUCGGCUACAGCACAACUUCACCGCCUUCGCUAACAGCCACUACAACUCUCGCCUGGGCUCUGCCAUUUUCUCCUCAGGAGAUGAGCUGGGUGACGAUGAUGAAGACGCUCCUAUGAUCAGUGGCUUUUCAGAUGACGUUCCCAUGGUGAUUGCAUAGCUGGACAACUCUUUCUCUCCUCCUCCUUCACUUCCUACUCCACUUCCUCAUCAUGUUUUCUUACGUGCCCAUCCGGCACACCUUCAAGCUGCAGAGCUCCCUUCCUCUUGACUCCCCGUCACUUAGAAAAACGCUGGAUUUAUGUUUCUGGACCCCGA